UAGAUCCUGCUCUGUGGUUUCUCUCGUUUGCUUUCACAUUUCACUCGGCUAAUGCAAAAAAUUCUUGUCUACUAAUUUGUUUAAUUUCUGGGAUUGAAGGUAUAAUGGACGUUCGAGCACUAGCAAAGAAAAGCUGCAGGGAUUGCCAUACAACCAUGACCCCUCUAUGGAGGGCUGGUCCAGAUGGACAAAGGUCUCUUUGCAAAGCAUGUGGGAUAAGAUACAGAAAAAGGAGGAGGGCUAUUCUAGAUUUGGAUAAAGGAGGAGCAAAGAAAAGUAGAAAGAAGAAUAGAACAAGAAGAGGCCAUGCAAAUAAGGUAUUGAUGAAUUUUGGUCGAAACAUGGAGCAGCACCCAUUACUUGGAAGGCAAAUCAAGUUAAAAGAGGAAGAAGAGGCAGCUAUGUUGUUGAUGGCUCUUUCUUGUGGUUUUCUCUGUACUUAUUAGAACUGCAGAGGAAUACGAACAAGAUACAAACACUCCCUCGGACUCUAGAAUUGUUCAAUGUAAAGCAGAGUGUUAACUUCACAUUAGCUGUUCGUUUCUUUUGUGCUUUUCAGACAUUUAAAACACAAAAUCCAUUUCUAUCACGUUAGAUCAAAUACUAUUUGAAUCAUGUUUGUGCUUGGCAAGAAAUUGUUUGAUAUCCCAUAUUCCCAUUCUUGUUUAAUUCAUUUUCCGUUCUUCCAAACCUAUGUACAUGAUUCGCUUGCACUCACGGAAUAAGAAAUUGGGUCUACCCACAUAUCAAAUAAAAGU